AUGCAUGUUAGGUGCAAACACGCUUCCCGCUCAUUCUUCUACUGUGGGGCAAAGCAUAAGAAGCUCCAUUGGAGAGGGGACCACUCCAAUGAGUGCAGUCGAAUGGCUCAGCAAAUGGCGAGGGGGCUGGCAUUGGCAAUGGAGCUGCCCUUCUUCUGUGCAAUCCCCAUUGAGAUAUCCUCUGGGCUAGUCCCCAUAUGUUCACUCCUACAGACCAAAGAGAUCCACAACCAAGGCAUCUACAAGGCAGUGUGUGAUUGUUCUUACAACGAUGGGGGUACGAUGGGGACCCUAGAGUCUGCGAAGUGGCUGCCUCCUACAGCAGGUGCACCUCUGCAAGGCUCAAGCCUCCGGAGUUGGCAAGAGUAUUGCACAUGGCGAAGCCUGCCUGUCUCCCACCCUGAUCUCUUGGUUCUUCACUGGGUCUUGACGAUUUACCAAGCUUACCAGCUUGCCACCAGUAGUGGGCCGCUUCGCAAAUCAAUAAUGGAAGGCUCUCCGCUGAGAAUCCACUACCUAGGCCCUGAGAGAGAACUAGACCAAGUCGCCGUCUUUGCUGAGCUGGCAUGGUUGCUGCCAGUCCCACAGAUUGAGGUCUGCUUCAUUGGCCCCAGGGUUCCAGCCACCAGGGAUGGCGGGUCUGUAGAGCUUAGCAUCCGGAACGCAGAUGAAGGGUUAGACGUGACGAGCUCGCCACGUCACGCGGGCGUCCGCGUGAAAUUCUUCAAGGGGCUGUACCACGAGGUCGUGUCCGAACGAGCACAGCAGGUAGGACCGGCGGACCUGGUUAUCGCUCCCAACGCUGGCCUUGCGGCCUACACGACGUGGCAGCCAACCAUCGCUUUGCUGAACAGCCCCGGGUCUCCACCAGCGUUCUUCACGGACUACUGCGAGGAAGCCACGUGUCUUGCUGCUCAGGUCCUGACGUCAUGCGGAGCACGACUGACGCACGAGGUACAACCGAACCCGUUCCGUCAGCCAUGGCGCAUCCGCGCGCGGGAUAACGCCCUCCCGUCCUUCUCCAACGGCUUCCUCGUCGGCAUCAACUAGAGUCCCCAGGAUCCGUCAUCCAUGAACGGACGUCCGUAAUCCCUCGGUGCGCUCUCCUUCCCACCAGUUGGCAGUGGGCGCAGUCCGAAAUCUUCCUCGGACGCCGGACGCUGAAUUCGAGAAGCAAUCUACUUGGACGUGCCCACCCAGGCGUUCUGCCGACAAGAAAGGUCAAGCGCUUGUGCCGGUCACAGCCAUGUCAAACCUCUUCACAGAGCUGAGUAAGUUUGUUCAAGGAACCCGUGAGUGAGAAACCGGAAAUAGCAAAGGGUAAUGCAGCGUCGAAGCGGGAGACACGAAGAUACAGUGGACGGAGCGUGACGACUCCCGCAAGGAAGGAGAUUGUGUUGGAGCUCGAAAGCGGGUUGAGGGAAACGAGGGUCGCACAUUUGCAGAGUCCAAAGUAACGAAUAUUGGUGAGGGUUGCUAAUCUAAGCUGCUCACUGAUGCCAUAGGAGGUUUUACGUCGUCCAUAUACGACGUAAUUAGAGCCUGGACGUAGGUGUUUGGAACGAGCCAGCGGGGCGGCGGAUCACUGCUAGAUGCAAAGCUCCGGUGCAUUGGCCCAAAAGUAACAGCUCGGAAUGUGCGCAAAUUUGCUGUCAGAUAUUCAAUUGCACGAUCCGCCAUGGCUGUCCGCAGCCGCGCGUAUGCCAGUGAUUGCGAAUUUAAAGCUAGCAACUGUCAAAA